GUUUAAAGUGGAAUAAAAGAGCGAAGUAAGUUGAUAGAAGAGAGGAAGAGAGAUGGUAUUUGCAAAUAGCGCGCGACCCUUUGUUAAUGAUGUGACCUCCGUGCUCCGCGAAAAUCGCCGUUCUCCAUUUAAGGAAAGCUCUCACCACAGGUGCAACGAAAUCAACCGUUCGCGUGGAAGUUGUCGCUGACUAGAACGAAUUCUCGAAUUUGCUGCGAUAUAGCAAGCGCAUAGUAAGAUCAAAACGUACAAUUGCAUUGGCUGAGAUCGAGUUCUAGCUCCACGACGCACGGAGCUGCCGCCGAAGCUUGCUGCAUCGAUUUCCAAGCCGAAUCGUCUAAAUGUAUAAUUCGCUCGCGCUCCGCGUUGAUGCCAGGGAGGCAGAUGUAAAUAAUUCACGGAAUUAUAUCUGUCAAAUGCCGAGCUUUCGUUAAUUAAUGAUGACAUGCACUUUGUGGAAGCAGCUGCAACAGCUGCCUGAAGGUCCCGGAUGUGCAGGUGGUGAUUCGCCGCGAGAAAACUCCUCGAUUCGUUACGCCUUUACGUGCAACAGAGGUUUGUUGGCGAGACAGUCGCGCAUAGUCUUCAAUACAAGGCCUUUUUUCCGCUGUUUUUUUCUAUUCACCGAAGGGUCAAUGAAAUUCGUCGGCGGAAUGCAUCACCAUAAAUACAACGAUUUAAGAGAGGCAAGCAUGCCGGAUUCACCAACAGACCCAGCUGCUCAUCCCCCUCAAGGACCUCCAGUGUCAUCCCCAAAUGCAAACCCUUCAUCUGUACCAGUGGUGGCUGAUGUAAGGUCACUGUCUAAUAAUUCCACCUCACCAGCUGUCAAUGGUGUUCACACCAGUCCCACAGGACCAGUUUCCCCAAGUAGUAUUGGGAACAGCGUGACGCAGCUGCCUCCAGCUUGUGGUGCACGACAGCUGAGCAAGUUGAAACGGUUUCUGACAACACUGCAACAGUUUGGUUCAGACAUAUCCCCAGAAAUUGGUGAAAGAGUCAGAGGACUUGUGAUGAAUCUUGUGAACUCAACAAUAUCCAUUGAAGAAUUCCAUGCUCAGCUACAAGAAGCUACCAACUUUCCUCUUAGGCCAUUUGUUAUCCCAUUUCUGAAGGCAAACUUACCAUUGUUACAAAGAGAACUGCUUCAGUGUGCACAAAUGGCAAAACAGACUCCUCCACAAUAUCUGCGGCAGCAUGAAGACAUUUUAAGUGAACGUGAUACAACACCCUUGGAUCCAGAGGAGCUGAAUCCUUUAGAAAUAAAUGAGAAUGGAAAACGGAAGGCUUCUUCUGAAGGCAUGAGACCUAAAGAAAAUGGGGCCCCUCCUGACUUAGCCAUGCAAAUGAUGGCAGAGUUAGGAAAGCCAAUACCGAAGAGACCAUGUUUGAGCAAUAACAGUGGCCUCAGUAAACCAAAUCAGUUAAGAAUGGAAGACAUCACAAUGCCACAAGCAGGCAGCUCACGUGAUGGUGAACCUACAAUGCCAGAGGCACUGUUAGACAACAAACAUGAAAUGGAUGAUUGGAGACAUGUAGACACGAUGCUGCAGUGCAUAAUUGGAAUGGUUGACAAGACCAAGCGGGCCGUGUCAGUCCUUCAACAACGCUGCGGUCAGGACCGGGAAGAGCUCUUGGCCUGGGCACGAAAAACAGCCGAAGAAACGGAAGCGGAAGUGAAGAGGAGAGCAGGGGAACUAAUGGCGAAAACGCUCAAACAGACGGAAGAACGCGUAGCAGAAGUAAAACGUCGAGCGGAGGAAGCUGUGAGUGACGUGAAGAGACAAGCAGUGGUGGAACUACAGAAGGCAGUUCGUGCGGCCGAGGAGAAAGCCAAUGAGGCGGUAGCUAGCGCGCAUGGCAAAAUGGAGAAAGCUGUCUUAGAGGCCCGCCGGCAGGCCACUGAAGAUACUUUAGCUAUGUCAAAUCAUCAGAGUGACUCAAGCGAGAGUUGUUGGAAUUGCGGUCGAAAGGCCACUGAAACAUGUAGCGGCUGCAACGUGGCGCGGUACUGCGGUCCGUUUUGCCAGCACAAAGAUUGGGAAAAUCAUCAUCACGUGUGUGGACAGCAGGCUCAGGCCAGCGGCGAGGAGAAUCCGCAGGGAGGAGGAGGCCCUCAGCCCGCAGGUUCACCUAAGGAUUCCACUAACACUACCAGUCCCGCUGUCACCAGAAUGACCACGCCCACCUCAACUUCGGAUCCCAUCUCGUCUCUUAGUGAUUACGUUAUGAAAACCCCCUCCACGUAGAACAGGCUAGUGUAGGAUAAAACAGUGGUGAAUUCGCGUUAGGGCUAAAAACAGUUCGUGUUGACUCUCCCUGGCGGGAAUUGAAGUUUUCCCCAGGGAAAGUCUCGCUUGUUGGUCGAGAGUACGUUGAACCGUCGGGAAAAUGUGAUUUUUCUUUGCACAUGAGCGUGCCUGAUUCUCUCGUGAUCUUUUUGCUUUGCCCUUCGGUGGUUUCGUAUUCGAUUGACGGGCUUAAGCAACUUCAUCACGAAAUAUCAUGGUCAUGUGUAAGCAAGGAAUGUAGGAAUAACCUUUAACACAAAAUAGAAUUCAGUAGUUGCUGCUGUCGCUGAAGGCCAGUUCGUAAAUCGAUUUGCCGAUAGGCGGGCACGUAUUGCAAUUAGCGAAAAAUUGAAGGCGCUGCUUAUUCAACUCCGUACGUGGGUAAUAGUUUCACACUAAUUAGUGCUUGUAGAGAACCCCCUCUAUGUCUACCACCCUAACAUUGAAUAAACAGAAAGUAACAAAUCUCCAUUCACGAUAAGAGAACAAGAACAUUGGGACAAUUCAUUCAGACCCUGGGAACGCGAGACUUUUGUUUCUUCGUGACGUAUGAGGUCUCACUGCUUCCUGCGAACACAGCGUUGGAAGUUGCUGAAUUUGACGUAGUAAAAUACAGUUAAAUUUUCAUACAUCACAGACUGAUUGCCCCUCAGUAGGUUUACCCCAAUCGGUAAGCUUACUUGAAUUUGUGGUUCGUGGACAACUUUGGCUUGAUUCUGUUUGUAUUAGUGCUCUAAGUUGAGUUAAUCGCAGUAAAUAAUUUUGCCCAGGGAGAAUAUUUAAGAAGGCCAUAUGAGGCCUCGUCUAAAAUUCCGCAGUUUGGAGGCGGGGUCCAGUGAGCUUAAAAUGUCAUUGGGUGCACAAGAUUUUUCCAGUUUGGUUCUUUUUCAAAGGUAUUUUGUUCGAAUUUUUUAAGCAAAGCGUGCACGAAGACCGCGUCCUAUACACCCGUAUUAGUUUUAAAUUAGCGCCAUGUUGCAAACGGAAUGUAAUUAUGUACAGGAAUUUACCCUUCUGUGAAUUUCGUUAGUGUCAGCAUAAUUCUCCUCGUCUGAAAUGUCUUGCCAUCGUAAAUUUCUACUAAUCGUUGCUUCUUUGUCGGGAGCAUAAUGUUUAGGUGAAUUUUGUUCAUUAACAAUUGAUCGGCUGUCUGUUAUAACAGUAUCAUAUAACUCUUGUAAAUAUCAAAUAAACUCGACCAUGUCUACGUUGAAUCUC